CGGCUAUAUAUCUAUUGACGAUACCUGCGGCGUCGAUAGUGAGAUUACGACCAGAUUGAGGGGGAUCCGGGGAGACGUCAAUCUUUGUGAGCUUGAGAGCGUCAUCAUUGCCGCCACAAUCAUUCCAGGACCACUUUGAUAGCGUGUGUACGUCUUUCUGAGUCGCGUCGUCGCCGAGAUAGACGAUUGACUGAUCAAAUGAUAAAACGUCGAGAUAAUUAUCCUCAAAUGCGCUUAUAGAGGCUGAUACCGCGGUAGCUGCUAAUAAAAUGGUUGUCGCUAAUUUCAUUCUUUGUCGUUCGUUGUCAAGAUUGCUAGCGUCUCUUUGAUUGGAUCGAUCAAGUGCUAAAAUGGAGAUAGAAGAAAAUUCUACUCCUUCAAUGUCUACAUCAAUCUCCUCAAGAAAUAUAGCAGAGCCAACGUCCUACACAAGGAAGGAGUUGCUCAGGCUAUCAAAAUCCCCAUUAGUGAGGGUACCAGACAGCUUGGAGCCUUUCUCAGUUUGGUUUGGCGAGUAUACCGCUCCAACUAGUACACCUGCGAAACCCUCAAUCACAUCUCCAAACGCCUCUAGUCCAAAUUCAAGCAAUACAUACAACAACAGAUUUAGACGCAACUACGAAGAUGCUGACUCUCCUAGACCAUCGAAAUUUAAGGCGCCAUUUGAAAGAUCAUCAAGUUACAAUAACCAGCCAUCUACUUUAGCAGCCUACAAAAGUCCUGGUUCAAGACACCCAGAAGCUCGUCCUUACGACCGUGAAUCUGAGUAUUCAAAGAAUAAAUUCUCUACCGAUAAAUCUAGAAACCAUCGUGAAGACCGUCCAAACAAAUACCGAGCAGAUGAGAAAUCCCUAGGAAGGAAAGAUAGCUCAAAUACCAUACCAGACCCAUUGAAAUCGAAUGAUGGUGACUGGAGAAAGGGUACAUAUGGUCAAGAACGGCAGCGUACCCGCAGAGGCAAAGAUUACACUUUUGAAGACGAUUCAUCACCUGCUUGGAUGGAUGAUACCGCUCCUCGAGAUGACUUUAUGAAUAGACCAAAUUCUGGACCAUUUGGAUCAGGCUCUACAGGCGUAGAUAGCAUUCAAGCCUUUAAAGCUCAAAUGCGCGAGAAGGAAAGACGAGAGAGAUUACUUGAACUUGGUAUAGAAGAACCUGAAGCUGAAUUUGGAGCAACCAUCCAUCAACCAUCUAACGUACUUCCAGAUGAAGAUCAGGUUGAUGCCGCCAACGAUGAAACUUUCGGUGCUGACGCGCCAUUAGAACCUGCAAUGUCGGGUUUGACAAUGAAUGAUGACCCAGCUAUUCUCAAUUCAUCCAAUUUGACAUCGCAAGCUCAAUCUCCAUCGAAUAGUCAACCUAAAUUUUACACUGAACUUGGCUCCGCUGGUGGUGCUGCUGGUAGCACUGCUUCAUCAGAAGGUACACCUAAAGUUGCUGAGAAGACAACCGCUGCUAGUAGAUUUGCUAAAUUCUUCGAUGCCAAGCCAAAAUCUCAACAACAUGCUAUGGAUGCACAAGCAAAAUGGUUAGAUGCCCAAAGGAGAAAGGAGGAAGAACAAACACAACCAAGUAUGCCAAAUGAGCAACCUGAUAUGCAAAGGGUUCUCGCAAUGUUACAAACAUCCUCAAAUCAAGGAAGUAUCUCAUCAACACCGAUACCACGUCCAGCAUCAGUUAAGGAUAUAAGUAGACCAACAUCGGCAGCAUCAGCAGGAGCUGAUUUGACAUCAAUUUUGCAACAGCAACAGCAACAACAACAACAGCAACAAGCAGCUUUCCGUAAUCAGCAAUUGCAACAACAGCAACAUAUAAUAAUGCAACAGAGGAAAGAACGUGAACAAGAACUCCAAAGAGAGAAACUUCAAAGAGAACAUCAAGCACUACUUCUCGCACAAACUCAGAGAAGGCAGCAAUCACCUCAAGACCCUGCUAUAUUAAAUGCAUUAUCACUUGCUCGUGCUAAAGGUAGUCCAGCAGCGAUGUCACCAAACGUAAUGCAACAACAAGCAAGAGUAAAUCCAAUGAAUGACCCACGUGCGGUCGCAUUACAGGAAUACCAAAUGAGGCUGGCGUAUGAAAGACAAAGGCAACUUCAGCAAAAUGAGGUACCUGAGGUACAACCUGAGGUUACGCAACAGAAAAAGUUACAAGAAAUGUUAAUGAUGCAACAGCAACAACACCAAUUGAGACAAAUGCAACAAGCUAAUGCUAUGAGAGGUGCGCCCCCGGAGCAUUUAGCAGCUCUUAUUAGAGGGGGUGGAGGAAAUUCACAAUCACCAAGCAAUGCGUCUAACCCUCAAGCUAGUGCAUUAUUGAUGCAACAGAUUCAACAACAGCAAGGUCAAGUUCCUUCAACAAUUAGCCCAUCACAACCACAACAACAUUCACAAGCUAAUGAGAUGCUUCUCCAGCAACAGCGUUUGCUUGCACAACAGAGAGGUAUGCAAGCUGCGCAAGCACAAGCACAAGCACAGGCUGCUGCUCUUGCCGCUGCUAUCCAACAACAACAACAGCAGCAGUCCCAGCAACAACAGCAUAUAGGUGGUUUCAUGCAUCAUCAAUCUCAACAACAACCACAACAACAACCAGACAUUCACAGUCAAUAUGCCAAUAACUCAUUCGAACAACUAUCAAAGAUGGGAGGACUACCACAACCUCAUAUCAUGGAUGCCCAACAACAAAGGCAAAAGCAGGCACAGCUUAUGGCAUUGCUUAAUGGAGGACGUUAAGCCAUAGCAGAUUCUCAAACUAGCAUCUUUUUCCUUUUUCUCAAUAUUCUUGGUAUUUCACUUUGCUGUUUCUCUAAUUUCUAUAAUCCUAAUAUUAUAUGCAUAUAUAUAUUCAAUCUUCC